AUGCCUCCCCAGAAUGACAAGGUGGCUGUUAUGCCCCCAGGACAUCAAGACAAGCGGCAGAGCUUUGACGCCGAGCUCCACCAUCUCUACUUCGAUGACAAUGAGAGUUUCUUCCCUCCUGCUUGGCUCGGCAAAGACUCAGUUACUCGACGGUCGUCCAAUGAUAGCACUACAAGCAAGGCCUCUGGUACAGAGACUAGCAGAGCAGAGAGCGCUCUAAACCUCUCCGAAUGA